CAUUUGAGGAUGGGUUCGCUAACGGGGAUGAGCUGACGCCGGCUGAAGAGGCUGCCGCAAAGGAAGCAGCUGAGUCCAAAGGAGUGGUGAAGUUUGGCUGGAUUAAGGGGGUCCUGGUUCGCUGUAUGUUGAACAUCUGGGGUGUGAUGCUCUUCAUUCGUAUGUCAUGGAUCGUGGGUCAGGCUGGCAUCGCUCUCUCCUGUUUGAUCGUCUGCAUGGCCACCGUAGUGACCACCAUCACCGGCUUGUCCACCUCUGCCAUCGCCACCAAUGGAUUUGUACGAGGAGGUGGAGCUUAUUACUUAAUUUCCAGGAGUCUGGGUCCAGAGUUUGGAGGCUCCAUCGGUCUGAUCUUUGCCUUUGCCAAUGCAGUGGCUGUAGCCAUGUAUGUGGUGGGCUUCGCUGAAACAGUAGUGGAACUUCUUGCUGGUGCAGAUGCCAUCAUGACAGAUCAAAUCAACGACAUCCGAAUCAUCGGCACCAUCACUGUGAUCCUCCUUCUGGGUAUCUCAGUGGCAGGAAUGGAAUGGGAGGCCAAGGCCCAGAUCUUCCUGCUCAUUGUUCUCAUCACGGCCAUUGUCAACUUCUUCAUCGGAACCUUCAUCCCUGUCAAAGACAAGGAAUCUAAGGGCUUCUUCGGCUAUGAUGGUUCAAUUAUGUGGGAGAACAUGGGUCCGGAUUUCCGUGGAGAAACCUUCUUCUCGGUCUUCUCCAUCUUUCCUGCAGCCACUGGCAUUCUGGCUGGAGCUAACAUUUCAGGAGAUCUAGCAGACCCGCAGCUGGCCAUUCCCAGAGGAACUCUUCUGGCCAUUGUCAUCACAGGAAUUGUCUACCUAGGUGUUGCUGUUUCUACAGGUUCCUGCAUUGUGAGAGAUGCCAGUGGAAGUAAUGACACAAUCUCCUCUGGGUUCACAAACUGCACUGGUGGUGCCUCCUGCAAUUUUAACUAUGACUUCUCUACUUGUAAAGCCAGCAAAGAUGGCUGUGAAUAUGGCCUCCACAAUGACUUCCAGGUUAUGAGCCUGGUUUCUGGUUUCGGGCCUAUCAUCACUGCUGGGAUCUUCUCUGCCACUUUGUCCUCUGCUCUGGCCUCUUUAGUCAGUGCACCCAAAGUUUUCCAGGCCUUAUGUAAGGACAACAUCUACCCUGGUCUGGGCAUGUUCGCCAAAGGCUACGGCAAGAACAACGAGCCCCUGCGAGGUUACAUCCUGACCUUCGGGAUUGCUCUGGCUUUUCUUCUUUCAGCUGAGCUGAACACAAUUGCUCCCAUCAUCUCUAACUUCUUCUUGGCAUCUUAUGCCUUGAUCAACUUCUCGGUGUUCCAUGCCUCACUGGCAAACUCACCAGGAUGGCGUCCCAGCUUCAAAUACUACAACAUGUGGGUUUCUCUGGCUGGAGCCGUUCUGUGCUGUGUGGUGAUGUUCGUCAUCAACUGGUGGGCUGCUCUCCUCACCAACGUCAUCGUCUUGGGUCUCUACAUCUACGUCAGCUACAAGAAACCUGAUGUGAACUGGGGCUCGUCCACCCAGGCAUUGACCUACCACCAGGCCCUGACACACACUCUGCAUCUGAGUGGAGUGGAGGACCACAUCAAGAACUUCAGACCCCAGUGUUUGGUGAUGACCGGUUACCCCAACUCGCGCCCUGCUCUCCUUGACCUUGUCCACAGCUUCACCAAGAACGUCGGCCUGAUGAUCUGUGGCCACGUUCGCACGGGCUACAGAAGGCCAAACUUCAAGGAUAUUGCCACAGAGCAGGCGAGGUACCAACGCUGGCUCCUGAAGAACGAGACCAAAGCCUUCUACACGUCUGUGUUUGCCGAGGACAUGAGGCAGGGAACACAGUACCUGCUCCAGGCUGCAGGUCUUGGCCGUCUCAAGCCAAACACUCUGGUUCUGGGCUUUAAGAACGACUGGAGGGAUGGUGACAUGAUGAACGUGGAGACCUACAUCAGUAUGAUCCAUGAUGCCUUUGACUUCCAGUACGGUGCUGUUAUUCUGCGUCUGAAAGAGGGACUGGAUGUGUCCCACAUCCAAGGACAAGAUGAGUUGCUUUCCUCCCAGGAGAAGUCAUCAGGGAUGAAAGAUGUGAUUGUGUCCAUAGACACCAGCAAAGACUCAGAUGCUGAUUCAUCUAAGCCAUCCUCCAAGGCUACCAGCCUUCAGAACAGUCCUGCCAUCCAGAAAGAUGAUGAAGAUGAUGGCAAAGCCCCAACUCAGCCCCUGUUGAAAAAAGACAAGAAGAGCCCGACUUUACCGCUGAAUGUGUCCGACCAGAGGCUGCUGGAGGCCAGCCAGCAGUUCCAGCAGAAACAGGGCAAAGGCACCGUGGAUGUGUGGUGGCUGUUUGAUGACGGAGGUCUGACCCUGCUGAUCCCAUACCUGCUGACCAACAAGAAGAGGUGGAAGGACUGCAAAAUCCGCGUUUUCAUCGGAGGCAAAAUCAACAGGAUUGACCACGACCGCAGAGCGAUGGCCACUCUGCUCAGCAAGUUCAGGAUAGACUUCUCCGAUAUCACCGUCCUGGGAGAUGUAAACACCAAGCCCAAGAAAGAGAAUAUGGCUGCGUUUGAGGAGCUGAUCGAGCCGUAUCGGCUGAAGGAGGACGACAUGGAGCAGGAGGCGGCGGAGAGGCUGAAGAACAGCGAGCCCUGGAGGAUCACCGACAACGAGCUGGAGCUGUACCGCGCCAAGACUAAUCGCCAGAUCAGACUCAAUGAGCUGCUAAAGGAGCACUCAAGCACAGCCAACCUCAUCGUCAUGAGCCUGCCAUUGGCCAGGAAGGGCGCCGUGUCCAGCGCUCUGUAUAUGGCCUGGCUGGAGGCGUUGUCCAAGGACCUGCCGCCAAUCCUCCUGGUGCGUGGAAACCACCAGAGCGUCCUCACCUUCUACUCCUAAAUGCACACGGAGAAGAAAAAUCCACGUUUCAAAGUUUCACAUCCACUUUCUGCCUCUGGGAGCAGACCCACAUACAGUACACAUCCCAGUUCCAGUCCAAACCUUAAGGUGAACCACAUACACUCCAGAGACGAUUGAAAACACAGCCACUGAUGGAAACCGCGCUGGUUAUAAAGAUGAAGGAAGUGAUAUUGGUUGAGUCGUAGCCCUACAUGUAACAUGAGGAUUGCCAGGUCGGGGUGGGGGUUGUUGUAUGGUUGCCCGCUCUGCUCCUUCCUUUCUAUUUAUUCCAAGAUGUCUGGGUUUUUCCUCUCGUAGCGCUAGCUUCUUCUAAUUUCUCCCCUGAAAGUUUCAUGUUUGUUGAUUUCUCUCAGGCUCAGUGCACAACAUUCAUAUUCUCGUUGAUGUCAAAAAUGAAUUGGACCAGAUUUUGUGUUUGUGAUGCAGCAAUAAUCACCUUUAUUUCUUUAAAUUUUGGGAGAGAACCUUACAGAAUGCUUUGCAACACCUUCUAAAGCCUUAUGGAUGUGCCUUCCAGUUGAAUCAGAAUAAAUAAUUAAUCUCUAUAUAGAUUGACGAUAUUACCUAUUAUAUUGGUGGAUAGUUUUAUUGAGUUUUAAAUGUGAAUCCUUCUUAGAUGGAGCAUUGUAUUUAUGCGAGUGGAUUGCGUGAAUUUAAUGAAAGGUGUCCUCUUGAUUGACAAAAAUGACUUUUUGUCAUUUCUCUUAUUCUCCUUUUACUCUAAUUAACAUGUUCUGGGCCACAGCGUUUUGAUUUGUAUUCACUUUUGAGUCUUCCUUUUUUUAAACUGUUGAAUAUUAGCCUCAGUUACUCAACACAAGACACACAACUUGACUUUUGGGCGUCAUGCCUAAAAGAUGUAUAUGGGGGCAUAUAUAUAUAUAUAUAUAUAUAUAUAUAUAUAUAUAUAUAUAUAUAUAUAUAUAUGCACCCAUUUGUCUUACAUUUAUGAUCUUGCUGUUUGUCGGAGAAGAUGUGAAUCUAGUUUUUCAUUAGCGUCGUCAGAUGGAAAGACUAGCUGUCCCUUGUAGCUGCUGAUUGACUAUAUAUUUUGUCAUUCUUUUGUGUUUGUGUUCACAUAUAUGUUUUGUCCCCCUUAGAGAUAAACCACUCUACCCAAACAAGCUAGUUCAAUCUUUGCCUUAAUGCUAACGAUUGUCACGAGUUCCUUUUCUCUUAUAAGCCAUACUGGCUGGUCAGCAGUGUUGUGGGUAAAUGCAGGUCUGUUACAUAAGGAGAAAGGUUUUCGGUACAAUUUUCUUCUGUACUGUAUAUGCAUCUUUAAUUUAAUUUCCAUUUCCACCCCCAUUAGUCUGUUACGUAGCUUACUGUACGCCUGCCGGUUCAUUGCUGGUGAGGCGGUCAAUCAGCGGAGGGUGAACGUGUUUCACUUUGCCGGCGUGGGCGGUAGGCGCAGUAGACCUGAGUUCCUGCACUCAUACUGUAACAUGCCUGUCUGGCUGCUUGUUUGCCUUCUGGGUGUAAUGAUGGACUGCUGGUCUCCCAUUCCCACAAAGACUUGAUGGGCAAGAGAGAAGGAACACCACGCAGGCUGCACAGGAAGAAGAAUGUGACAUGAGAAUGUGUUGAGGCCGAGUGAAGAUAUACCUCUAUGCAUAUGAGCUUGUGUUUCAUAAGUACUUGUAAUAAAAAUCCAUAUUUCCUUCUUG